UCCGACUGUUCCGUCUGUACAUCAUAAGGCAGUGUAGUUAGUGCCUCGUUCAACAAUGCAGACCAGAAGGAGAUAUCAAGAAUGGCGCAUUUUCUUACUGAUCAUUCUGGCGAAUGGUGCAUUGUGCGAUGUUCCAUGUGGAAAAAGCAACAUCACCCUCAGCAACUCAACACAGACUUCUGAAACACUGACUUCGCCUUAUUACCCAAACAACUAUCCCAACGAUGCCCAGUGCAUUUGGUUCAUCACAGUUGAUGAAGGCUCCACAAUUGCCUUCCGUUUCUCCGUGUUCAAUACGGAGCAAACAUACGACACGUUGACCAUGGGCAACGGCCACGAGUCCUCCGAUGGUGACUCUGUUAUUGGUCUUUGGAGCGGUUUCCUGACGAGUCUAUCCGUCGUUUCCAAUAACCACGCGGCAUGGAUGAAGUUUACCAGCGAUUCUGUGGUAACCAAGAUAGGAUUCGAGGUAAAGAUCACUCAAGAAAGCUAUGAAGGUUUUUGCGGAAAAAGUAACAUCACUCUUAGCAACUCAACACAGACUUCAGAAACACUGACUUCGCCUUAUUACCCAAACAACUAUCCCAACAAUGCCCGGUGCAUUUGGUUCAUCACAGUUGAUGAAGGCUCCAAGAUAGCCUUCCGUUUCUCCGUGUUCAAUACGGAGCAAACAUACGACACGUUGACUAUUGGCAACGGCCACGAGUCCUCCGAUGGUGACUCUGUUAUUGGUCUUUUUAGCAGUUCCAUGACGAGUCUAGCCGUCAUUUCCAAUAACCACACGGCAUGGAUGGAGUUUACCAGCGAUUCUUUGGUAACUGAGGUCGGAUUCGAGGUAAAGAUCACUCAAGAAAGAUCUGAAGGUUCUUGUGGACAGGAUGAAUUUGCAUGCCAGGAUGAAUCCUCUGGCUUGAUUUGUUUGGCACGUGACGACACCUGUGAUGGUGAUGGCUUUACACUGUGCCCAGAUGGAUCAGAUGAAUCUAACUGCCUUCCAUGUGGAAAAAGCAACAUCACCCUCAGCAACUCAACACAGACUUCUGAAACACUGACUUCGCCUUAUUACCCAAACAACUAUCCCAACGAUGCCCAGUGCAUUUGGUUCAUCACAGUUGAUGAAGGCUCCACAAUUGCCUUCCGUUUCUCCGUGUUCAAUACGGAGCAAACAUACGACACGUUGACCAUUGGCAACGGCCACGAGUCCUCCGAUGGUGACUCUGUUAUUGGUCUUUGGAGCGGUUUCCUGACGAAUCUAUCCGUCGUUUCCAAUAACCACGCGGCAUGGAUGAAGUUUACCAGCGAUUCUGUGGUAACCAAGAUAGGAUUCGAGGUAAAGAUCACUCAAGAAAGCUAUGAAGGUUUUUGCGGAAAAAGUAACAUCACUCUUAUCAACUCAACACAGACUUCAGAAACACUGACUUCGCCUUAUUACCCAAACAACUAUCCCAACAAUGCCCAGUGCAUUUGGUUCAUCACAGUUGAUGAAGGCUCCACGAUAGCCUUCAGUUUCUCCGUGUUCAAUACGGAGCAAACACACGACGCGUUGACCAUUGGCAACGGCCACGAGUCCUCCGAUGGUGACUCUGUUAUUGGUCUUUGGAGCGGUUUCCUGACAAGUCUAUCCGUCGUUUCCAAUAACCACGCGGCAUGGAUGAAGUUUACCAGCGAUUCUGUGGUAACCAAGAUAGGAUUCGAGGUAAAGAUCACUCAAGAAAGCUAUGAAGGUUUUUGCGGAAAAAGAAACAUCACUCUGAGCAACUCAACACAGACUUCAGAAACACUGACUUCGCCUUAUUACCCAAACAACUAUCCCAACGAUGCCCGGUGCAUUUGGUUUAUCACAGUUGAUGAAGGCUCCACGAUAGCCUUCCGUUUCUCCGUGUUCAAUACGGAGCGAACAUACGACACGUUGACUAUUGGCAACGGCCACAAGUCCUCCGAUGGUGACUCUGUUAUUGGUCUUUUUAGCAGUUCCCUGACGAGUCUAGCCGUCAUUUCCAAUAACCACACGGCAUGGAUGAAGUUUACCAGCGAUUCUUUGGUAACCGAGGUCGGAUUCGAGGUAAAGAUCACUCAAGAAAGAUCUGAAGGUUCUUGUGGACAGGAUGAAUUUGCAUGCCAGGAUGAAUCCUCUGGCUUGAUUUGUUUGGCACGUGACGACACCUGUGAUGGUGAUGGCUUUACACUGUGCCCAGAUGGAUCAGAUGAAUCUAACUGCCUUCCAUGUGGAAAAAGCAACAUCACCCUCAGCAACUCAACACAGACUUCAGAAACACUGACUUCGCCUUAUUACCCAAACAACUAUCCCAACGAUGCCCAGUGCAUUUGGUUCAUCACAGUUGAUGAAGGCUCCACAAUUGCCUUCCGUUUCUCCGUGUUCAAUACGGAGCAAACAUACGACACGUUGACCAUUGGCAACGGCCACGAGUCAUCCGAUGGUGACUCUGGUAUUGGUCUUUGGAGCGGUUUCCUGACGAAUCUAUCCGUCGUUUCCAAUAACCACGCGGCAUGGAUGAAGUUUACCAGCGAUUCUGUGGUAACCAAGAUAGGAUUCGAGGUAAAGAUCACUCAAGAAAGCUAUGAAGGUUUUUGCGGAAAAAGAAACAUCACUCUUAGCAACUCAACACAGACUUCAGAAACACUGACUUCGCCUUAUUACCCAAACAACUAUCCCAACAAUGCCCGGUGCAUUUGGUUCAUCACAGUUGAUGAAGGCUCCACGAUAGCCUUCCGUUUCUCCGUGUUCAAUACGGAGCGAACAUACGACACGUUGAGCAUUGGCAACGGCCACGAGUCCUCCGAUGGUGACUCUGGUAUUGGUCUUUGGAGCGGUUUCCUGACGAAUCUAUCCGUCGUUUCCAAUAACCACGCGGCAUGGAUGAAGUUUACCAGCGAUUCUGUGGUAACCAAGAUAGGAUUCGUGGUAAAGAUCAUUCAAGAAAGCUAUGAAGGUUUUUGCGGAAAAAGAAACAUCACUCUUAACAACUCAACACAGACUUCAGAAACACUGACUUCGCCUUAUUACCCAAACAACUAUCCCAACAAUGCCCGGUGCAUUUGGUUCAUCACAGUUGAUGAAGGCUCCAGGAUAGCCUUCCGUUUCUCCUUGUUCAAUAUGGAGCGAACAUACGACACGUUGAGCAUUGGCAACGGCCACGAGUAUUCCGAUGGUGACUCUGUUAUUGGUCUUUGGAGCGGUUUCCUGACGAAUCUAUCCGUCGUUUCCAAUAACCACGCGGCAUGGAUGGAGUUUACCAGCGAUUCUGUGGUAACCAAGAUAGGAUUCGAGGUAAAGAUCACUCAAGAAAGCUAUGAAGGUUUUUGCGGAAAAAGAAACAUCACUCUUAACAACUCAACGCAGACUUCAGAAACACUGACUUCGCCUUAUUACCCAAACAACUAUCCCAACAAUGCCCGGUGCAUUUGGUUCAUCACAGUUGAUGAAGGCUCCACGAUAGCCUUCCGUUUCUCCGUGUUCAAUACGGAGCGAACAUGGGACAAAUUGACCAUUGGCAACGGCCACGAGUCCUCCGAUGGUGACUCUGGUAUUGGUCUUUGGAGCGGUUUCCUGACGAAUCUAUCCGUCGUUUCCAAUAACCACGCGGCAUGGAUGAAGUUUACCAGCGAUUCUGUGGUAACCAAGAUAGGAUUCGAGGUAAAGAUCACUCAAGAAAGCUAUGAAAGUUUUUGCGGAAAAAGAAACAUCACUCUUAACAACUCAACACAGACUUUAGAAACACUGGCUUCGCCUUAUUACCCAAACAACUAUCCCAACAAUGCCCGGUGCAUUUGGUUCAUCACAGUUGAUGAAGGCUCCAUGAUAGCCUUCCGUUUCUCCGUGUUCAAUACGGAGCGAACACAUGACACGUUGACCAUUGGCAACGGCCACGAGUCCUCCGAUGGUGACUCUGUUAUAGGUUUUUGGAGCGGUUUCCUGACGAAUCUAUCCGUCGUUUCCAAUAACCACGCGGCAUGGAUGAAGUUUACCAGCAAUUCUAUGGUAACCAAGAUAGGAUUCGUGGUAAAGAUCACUCAAGAAAGCUAUGAAGGUUUUUGCGGAAAAAGAAACAUCACUCUUAGCAACUCAACACAGACUUCAGAAACACUGACUUCGCCUUAUUACCCAAACAACUAUCCCAACAAUGCCCGGUGCAUUUGGUUCAUCACAGUUGAUGAAGGCUCCACGAUAGCCUUCCGUUUCUCUGUGUUCAAUACGGAGCGAACAUGGGACAAAUUGACCAUUGGCAACGGCCACGAGUCCUUCGAUGAUAACUCGGUUAUUGGUCUUUUUAGCAGUUUCCUGACGAGUCUAGCUGUCAUUUCCAAUAACCACACGGCAUGGAUGGAGUUUACCAGCGACUUUUCGGUAACCGAGAUAGGAUUCGAGGUAAAGAUCACACAAGAAAGACCUGAAGGUUCUUGUGGACAGGAUGAAUUUGCAUGCCAGGAUGAAUCCUCUGGCUUGAUUUGUUUGGCACGUGACGACACCUGUGAUGGUGAUGGCUUUACACUGUGCCCAGAUGGAUCGGAUGAAUCUAACUGCCUUCCAUGCGGAAAAAGCAACAUCACUCUCGGCAACUCAACACAGACUUCAGAAACACUAACUUCGCCUUAUUACCCAAAAAACUAUCCCAACGAUGCCCAGUGCAUUUGGUUCAUCACAGUUGAUGAAGGCUCCACAAUUGCCUUCCGUUUCUCCAUGUUCAAUACGGAGCGAACAUGGGACACCUUGACUAUUGGCAACGGCCACGAGUCCUCCGAUGGUGACUCUGUUAUUGGUCUUUUUAGCGGUGUCCUGACGAGUCUAGCCGCCGUUUCCAAUAACCACGCGGCAUGGAUGAAGUUUACCAGCAAUUCUUGGGUAACCAAAAUCGGAUUCAAGGUAAAGAUCACUCAAGAAAGCUAUGAAGGUUAUUGCGGCAAAAGAAUCAUCACUCUCAGCAACUCAACACAGACUUCAGAAACACUGACUUCGCCUUAUUACCCAAACAACUAUCCCAACAAUGCCCGGUGCAUUUGGUUCAUCACAGUUGAUAAAGGCUCCACGAUAGCCUUCCGUUUCUCCGUGUUCAAUACGGAGCUAACAUACGACGCGUUGACCAUUGGCAACGGCUACGAUUCGUCCGAUGUUGACUCCGUAAUUGGUCUUUUGAGCAGUUCCCUGCCAAGUCUAGCCGUCGUUUCCAAUAACCACACGGCAUGGAUGAAGUUUACUAGCGAUUCUUCGGUAACCGAGAUCGGAUUCGAGGUAAACAUUACUCAAGAAAGAUCUGAAGGUUAUUGCGGCAAAAGAAACAUCACUCUCAGCAACUCAACACAGACUUCAGAAACACUGACUUCGCCUUAUUACCCAAACAACUAUCCCAACAAUGCCCGGUGCAUUUGGUUCAUCACAGUUGAUGAAGGCUCCACGAUAGCCUUCCGUUUCUCCGUGUUCAACACGGAGCAAACACACGACACGUUGACCAUUGGCAACGGCCAUGAGUUCUCCGAUGGUUACUCCGUUAUUGGUCAUUUUAGCAGUUCCCUGACGAAUCUAGCCGUCGUUUCCAAUAACCACACGGCAUGGAUGAAGUUUACCAGCGAUUAUUCGGUAACCGAGGUCGGAUUCGAGGUAAAGAUCACUCAAGAAAGACCUGAAGGUUUUUGUGGGAAAAGAAACAUCACUCUCAACAACUCAACGCAGACUUCAGAAACACUGACUUCGCCUUAUUACCCAAACAACUAUCCCACCAAUGCCCGGUGCAUUUGGUUCAUCACAGUUGAUGAAGGCUCCACGAUAGCCUUCCGUUUCUCCGUGUUCAAAACCGAGCACACCUACGACAUUGUGUCCAUCGGCAACGGCCAUGCACCUCUCGAUGGUGAAUCCAUUAUUGGUCGUUUUAACGGUUUCCUGACGAGUCUCGCCAUCUUUUCCAGUAACCAUACAGCCUGGAUGGAUUUUGCGAGCGAUGGUUCAGUAACCAAGAUCGGAUUUAACGUAACGAUUACACAAGAAAGAUCUGAAGUUUCUUGCGGACAAGAUGAAUCUGUAUGCGAGGAUGCCUCAUCUGGCUUGAUUUGUUUGACACGUGACGACACCUGUGACGGCUUUCUUCUGUGUCCAGAUGAAUUAGAUGAAUCGAACUGCGGUCCUUGCAGAAAAGAUCAAUUUCAGUGCUCCGUGUCGGGACUUUGUAUAGAUGCUUCCAAACAUUGUGACGGGGUGCUUUCGUGCGACGACAACACUGAUGAAACUGGCUGCGAGCACUGCGGUGGAAUCUCCACCAUCAAUGUGACCAACGGCCACUCUUUCGUUCUUCAAAUGAACUACGAGCCGGACGACGUCAACUUUCCGUUGGGCCGACAUUGCGUGUGGUUCGUCACCGCAUCGAAGGGGUAUCGCGUUAAGAUCACCUUCAGGGACUACAUGUUAUCGCAAAACAGUGCUUUAUUGUUCGGUCACGGGGAAGUGCAGUUUUCGAACAUCGAGGCGGUGAGCAGGCAUGGCACGUAUACCAAGCUGCAUAUAAUUUCAGAGACUAACAAUCUGUGGAUAGCGCUGGUCAUUUCUACUAGCAUGACGUCUGCCAAUCGUGUGAGCUUGGAAAUCGAGGAACUAAGGCCAGUAGAAUGUAACGAUGCUGAAUUUGCUUGCCCAUCCGGCCUUGCCUGCAUACCACGGAAUCAAGUUUGCGAUGGUUACCCACAGUGCCCGAUGAAAGGGGAUGAGUUUGGCUGUGGGUCAUGCUAUGAACAUCAGUUCCGGUGUCCAGAAGGUGGUUGCAUUGGGUCCCUGUACGAAUGCAAUGCCAUACCUGGCUGUCUAGAUCUGUGGGAUGAGAUGAACUGCUUUCCAUGCGGAGAAGGCAGCACCAUCCUCGACUCAACGCAGACUUCAGCAACACUGACUUCAGUGUACUACCCAAAUGACUAUCCCAACAAUGCACUGUGCAUUUGGCUCAUCACGGCCGAUGUAGGCUCCGCGAUAGCCUUCCGAUUCUCCGGGUUUAAUACCGAGAAAACCUACGACAUGGUUUACCAUUGGCAACGGCCACGCGCCCUCCAGUACUGACUCCGUCAUUGGUAGUUUUAGCAGUUCCCUGACGAGUCUAGCGGUUUUCUCCAACAACCACAUAGCCUGGAUGAAGUUUACAAGCGAUUCUUCAAUAACCCGCGUCGGAUUCCAGGUAACAAUCACACAAGA